GAUAACGUCGAUUGUACAGGGAUGGAGCAAAAUUUAACAAAUUGCCCUUCUCGAGGUUGGGGAAUUCACGAUUGCACUCAUUUUGAAGACGCCGGAGUAGAAUGCAAAAAAAGAAAAGUUGAAAAAGACUAUUUUCUUGUGUUUUUGAUGGUGAAUGAAUAUAAUAGUGAUGUACUCGUUACGACAGAUGUGUCCGGUCAGCUGAAUAAUUUCAAUCUUAAGAAAGGUGGCACAAUGCUGAAAAGCGAAGUAGUCAAGGGAAAAAACACGUUUUCCCUCAGUGCAGUCAAUGCUGAAACGGAAGAGGCGGUUCACAUCAAUGGACAACCAGUCGUUAAUUUGGAACCAACAAGCAAGGAGGAAAUGUCGUUGCAUCUUCUCACUGUCACCGCACCGUAGGAUGGAUCAAAAUAUUGCGAAACCUUGGAGGACUUCAGAGAUUGAUCUUUUGUUGGUGCCUGGUG